AUGCAGGCAUUUCGACUGGGCCUCCGCACCGCUUUCCGAGCGACGGCACGUUCAGUGCCUCGCAGACCACCUGCACAAUUCCUACAACCUGCACAGCAAACACGAUUCGCUUCGCGGUACCAGCGAUUCGGCAACAAGAAUGAUGGCAGUCAGCAGUCUUGGUCACGUUUCGGGCCAGCAUACCGGGUCCAGUACAUCUGGCGAAACUAUCGGACGACGAUCCUACUUGUGUCAGGCGGCGGCGUGGUCGUGUACGCUUGGAAUCAAGAGAGCGUGCCUGUCACAGGCCGGCGGCGGUUCAACGUCGUCCCGCCAGACCUAGAGAAGCAGAUCGCAGGUGGUCAGUAUGACCAGAUCGUCUCGCAAUUCAAAGGUCAGAUCCUGCCGCCCGAGCAUCCUUACACCCAGCUUUGGAAAGUCCACGUCAUUGACGAUCCAGACAUGAUGAACGCCUUUGUCAUCCCAGGCGGCAAGGUCUUCGUUUUCACCGGCAUUCUUCCCAUCUGUAAGGACGAGGAUGGCGUGGCCGCUGUUCUGGGUCACGAGAUUGCACACAACGUUGCGCAUCAUGUUUCGGAGCGGAUGUCGCAGAGCGUCAUUACUAUGGCCUUUGCCCUCGUCGUCUCACUGCUACUUGAUGUCUCAGGAGGACUAGCCCAAGAUGUGGCUAGUCUUCUCCUCAGCAUGCCCAACUCCCGGACGCAAGAGAAGGAAGCUGAUCAUAUUGGCCUGCUCAUGAUGGCCGAGGCGUGCUAUGACCCCAAAUCGGCCAUUGAUCUCUGGACAAGGAUGGCGGAGAAGGAAAAGGGUGCGCCGCCACAGUUCAUGUCCACGCAUCCAACGAGCUACAACCGUCGUGAGCUGAUUCGCGGCUGGAUCCCACAGGCUGAGGCCAAGUUUGAGGAAGGCGGCUGUGCGGCGACUUUUCAACAUAAGCAGGGUUUUAUGCAAGCCGCACGAAUGCGUGACUCGGGACAGAGAGGUGAAAGGAGGGCGAUACCUGUACAACAAAGACCUUCAGGCAGCGGAGGUGAUGACGAUUAUUUCUUCUGA